AUGUUCCAUCGACUUCCUAUAAAUACCUCGCUAACGCGAUCCGAAUCGUUCCCGCAGAUGCAAGCAGCGUUGAAACGCGGCCUGGACUACGGUAUCCUGAAGAAGACCCACGGCCAUUAUUUCCUGAACACGGACGCGGAGCCGCACCUCGCGUCGAACUUGGUACCGAUCGAACAAGACGGAAGACGAAGAGGACGCGGCCGCAGACGUGGACGAACGCGACGUAGGCGCAGUAGAGGCAGGGCGAGGAGGAGAGCCAAGAGAGGCAGAAGGAGAGGUCGACGCAGUCGUCGUCGUCGUCGUCGUCGAUCGAGGCGUGGAAGAGGACGCGGUGGCGUGAGGACCAGACGAAUCGCCUGCACCAGAUGCCGGUGUACCACGAGAUCGAGGAACGUGAACGUUCUGAAGGGUACGCCGAUGGAGCAACAAGACCCGGAGAACAUGUGCAUGUGCGAGAAGGAGAGCAACGUGGAAAAUCAAAGCAGACGGAGCAGGAGCCGCGAUCGCAGCCUGAGCCGUAGUCGAUCAUCGGCGAACAGCGAUCGAGACGACGCGAUCGACGAUCGACGACCGAUCCACGAGCAAGAUUAA